AAUAAUAACCUUAAAAAUAUAUAUAUAUCUUUACAGGUACUCCUCAACUUUUGUUGAAGGGGAUACCCGAAUACUACCCAUACCUUCAAAAUCAGGUCUCUAUUUUGAAGAAAACGGAGAAAUUCUAAUCUCUGAAAAUUCGUGGAAAUUAUUAGUGUAUAGAGACUUAGAACCACUAUUUUUAACUCAUGAUUCUAUAAAAAGACUCACACAAAAUUAUCAAAAUCUCGUCGCUAGACACACGACACUACCGAGCGUAAUUACGACAAGUUCUUUCAUCAAAGCCAGUCUAAACAAAAUAGACUCCAGAUUAAGCGAAUUAAACUACUAUACCGCAGGUAGCUUAAAUAACAAACGUAGUAAACGUGAACUUAUAGACGGUGUAAGCUCAAUAUUAAAAUGGCUUAUCGGAACACCUGACGCCAAAGAUGCGAAACACUACAAUGAAUGUAUCGAACAGUUAGAAAGACAACAGAUUUCGACUGACGCAAUCCUAAGACAACAACUACAGAUAAUCUCUUCGACAAUUAAAAAUUUUAACGAAACCUUACUGAAAAUCUCUUACGACGAACAUUUAAUCAACGAAAACAUUGCUAAAGUUAAUUCUUAUUUUAAUACCACGAACAAAUUAAUUUUCAACCUUACCAUUUCUGAAGAAAUAUCCACGCUAGCGAUACAAAUACUAGAGUCAGUAACAUCAUUAGAAAAAGACAUUGACGACAUAAUAAUAAGCAUUUUGUUCAUUAAAUCAGGAGCCAUUCACCCUUCGAUUAUAUCAAUUAACCGUCUAUAUAAAGAAUUAUUAUCCUCAAGUCCCGCUAGAGUGAAUAAAAAUCUAGUAGCUCCUAUAAAGCUAUCAAACAUACAUCAAAUCCUCGAAUCUGCUUCGAUUACAUCUUAUAUCUAUAUGAAUAAAAUUAUAUAUAUUUUAGAAUUCCCUUUAGUUAGAAACGAUAGGUUUACCUUAUAUCACAUAUACUCUAUUCCUAUUCUGCAUCCCUCAUCAACCUUAUAUUCCACGAUCCUCCCAGAGCAAACAUUUCUUGCCAUGAACAGUAACAGACAGCAAUACGUCACAAUGAACGACUUGGGAAAAUGUAAGAACUUUGUUACGGAAACAAAAGUCUGCAACGAUCUCCCAGUAUAUAACGUGAACACCAGGCCUACCUGUGAAACUGCCAUACUUACGACAACAAGACAAGACGUGCCAGAAAUUUGUCAAGUUACUACGUUUUCGGCGAAUAUUAACACACUGCAACCCAUCAGAAACAAUAAAUGGAUCUACAUCUUACAACAUACAACGCCGUAUACCCUAGAAUGUAAAGAUGAAACAAACCACGGUGAAAUCUCCGGAGCCGGCAUCAUAUCAUUGGAAAAUGGCUGUAAAAUGUACACUGCCUUCGUUACACUACUAGCUGAAGAAAAUCUAUCGACAAAUAUUAGUCACCCUAUUGUCACCGUAGAUCUGGAACAAAUCUGCAUUCCUGAAAACUUAAAUAUUAGAGAACCAGAACUUCUUCCAAUAAAAUUGAAUAACAUAGCGUUGGACUCUCUCAACACCAUAAAGGAACAAAUAAAUCAACACUCUAAACUAUUAAAAGAUAAUCAAGCUACUUUUGUUGAAAAAUAUUCCACAAAACUCUCAAUUUCCAGCAUAGCUAUUGGGUUAGCCAUGCUAACGUGUUUGUGUUAUAAGUGUCACAAGAGACGUUUUCAAUUCACCACAACACAACGUAGAGAUGGCUGCAUCCAGAUUUUUAAUAACUGCUUCGAUCGCUCUCAACGCCGUCAACACAUCGAAAUUCCCAUGGCAUCAUUGGAACCGAGAACGACGUCGUGUAUAUCCGAAGAUGAAAGCGAUGACGUCGCCACUCCACACCUUCAUCAAAGAUCGAGUAACAAAACUCAAUCUUUAUUCUAAGAGGGGAGGUGUUAUGUAAUGACUGUUAUGUUAUGACUAAUAUGUUGUGCUAUGACUGUUAUGUUGUGACUAAUAAGUCUUUUGCUAAAAUGCUAGUUGAUAAGUAAUAUAUUGAUAGUUGAUAAGUAAUGACUAACAAGUCUUUGUUACGAUAAGUAAUGUUUAUCUGUAAUGUUUAUCUAUAUUUUGGAAUGUCUAUUUGUAUUUGUAAGUACAAUGUAAUCGCUAACUAAGAAGCCUUUGCCAAAAGCUCCUCUCUGAUAAAAUACCACUGUCAUGAAAUCAUACACCAUUAGCCUUUGUUACAAUACCAUUAGCUGAUGAGUAAUAUUUAUCUGUAUUCGCAAUUGUGUACCAUGAGCAUCAUGUUAUCAUUAGUCGAGAACCCCUCUCCGAUAAACUCACCUUAUAUAAAUACUGCCUCAAAUCAGUUCGAGGACAGUUCCAUUUCCGAAUUCAUAUUGUAAACAUCUAAUUGUACUAUUUCUGUGUAAAGUAAUAAAGCUAGUUUUUUAAAAAACAAAUCUUAUCAUU